AUGUUGGAAAAGUAUCUAGUGCGAGAGGCUAGGCGGGAUAAGGAAAGAUCUUUGGAGGAUCAGCAGAUAUUCUCGCGCAAAUUUGAUCUCCAUCAGUACUUUUCCCCAGCUAGUAGAAAUACUAAGAGAUUUAUUUAUUAUGAUCAAAUUUCUAGAAUUUCUCAUGUUCACGAUGCCAACGAGAUGGCUGGUGACAAGAAGAGCUUAGUGGUUGCUGUUGAUGGAGCUUGUCAUCAAGACGGGAAUGCUUCGGGAAGCAAAUCAUUUUAUGGAAUAUUCUUCGGGGAGGAUUCAAGUUUCAAUACGUUCGACACGAUAGAGGGAUCUGAUGGGGGACAGCAAACUAAAGACUACGCGCAGCUGGUUGCCGUUGAUCGUGCACUGAAUCUCAUAAACAGCUCAGUCCUUGAAAACUGGCGUUCCACUAGCGAGCGUGAAGUAUCAUUCACAAUCGUUAUCAUGACGGAUUCAACAUAUGUUUAUGACACCUUCACCACGUCGAUUUGGCUAUGGCGCAAAAAUGGCUUUGAAAGUUCCGAGGGUGAAGAGGUCGUUAACCGUGAGUUGAUAGACAAGAUUGAUAAAGCUAUUUUGGAUCUUGCGGAGCACGAAGUUUUGGUUCGUUUUUGGAGCGUCCCGAGAGAGGAUAAUAUAGAAGCGGAGAAAUUGGCACAUCGUGCUUUGCAAGAUGGCAGGUAA